AUGUCUUCCAUUCUAAGCACCAUCGGCCUCCGCGCCGCUCCAGGCGCACAAACCCGUAAUUAUGCCGCCGGCUUCCUGGUAGCCAACUGGGGUUUCGCCUACGCUCUGAUGAGCACGCGCGGCACGAAAAUACGCCUCGGUCUCGACAAUAAUGUUGCGCCGCGCGAGGAUCUGUCCAAGUACGGCGAGGCGGCGGUUCAGGCGGGCAAAAUUAGUCAGCGUACUUUGAAUAAGUUGAAGCGGCAGGAAGCAGCGCACGCUAAUGCUGUCGAGGGAUAUCCUCUUUUUGUCGCGGCGAUGCUGUUGUCAGUGGUUGCCGGGGUUCCCCAUAAGACUAUCAAUGCCAUUGGUGUGUGGUACAGUCUUUCUCGCAUUGCGUACAGCUUGUGUUACUCGUAUAUCGAGUCUCGGAAUCUGAGCUACCUUCGCUCGGUGACCUGGUGGUCUGGUAACAUUAGCUGCAUCACUGGUUUGGUGUUGGCUGGCAAGAGGCUGUGA